AAAAGCGCCAUCCUCGAACACGGCUGCAAUGCCGUCUUCCACGCCGCCGGCGCAGCGCUAAUGCUCGGCCGCUCCAAGACAGGCGAGUACAACAAAUUGUUUGUCACGGUCGUUGCCGCUAUUGUGGAAGCGCGCGAGGAGCGCAAAGGCCCCGCGAUCCGCGCAUACCUAGGCAGCUCCGCGAUCCCGGGGCGUAUGAUUGGGGACUACAUGCCCAUGUUCCCCGAGCACCAGGACAACUUGUUCCUGAUUCAGAAGCAAGAUGAGGGAAACAUCCCGUGGUUGCUGUUCCGUGCUAAUCAGAUGAGCGCUAAGUACAGGGAGGUUCAAAGUCUCCCAUAG